UCCCCUUGCAGUGGGGGUAAGGAAUCAAACCCCCAAAAUGGCGGCGGCGGCGGAGGACCGGAUGGCAGAGGAAGGAGGCGGCAGCCACGGCGACGGCGGCUCCUCUUUGGCCUCCGGCUCUACCCAGCGACAGCCCCCACCGCCCCCGCCACAGCACCCACAACCGGGGUCCCAGGCGCUGCCAGCCCCGGCGCUGGCUCCGGACCAGCUGCCUCAAAACAACACGCUUGUGGCGCUGCCCAUCGUAGCCAUCGAGAACAUCCUCAGCUUUAUGUCCUACGACGAAAUUAGCCAGCUCCGCCUGGUUUGUAAAAGAAUGGACUUGGUCUGCCAGAGAAUGUUGAAUCAGGGAUUUCUUAAAGUGGAGAGGUACCAUAAUCUAUGUCAGAAACAAGUUAAAGCACAACUCCCAAGGAGAGAGUCAGAAAGGAGAAACCAUUCAUUAGCUCGUCAUGCAGACAUUCUUGCUGCUGUUGAAACAAGGCUGUCACUAUUAAAUAUGACUUUCAUGAAAUAUGUGGAUUCCAAUCUCUGUUGCUUCAUCCCAGGAAAGGUGAUUGAUGAGAUUUAUCGCGUGUUGAGAUACGUCAAUUCUACCAGAGCCCCUCAGCGAGCUCAUGAAGUACUUCAAGAAUUAAGGGAUAUAUCCUCUAUGGCAAUGGAGUACUUUGAUGAAAAGAUUGUUCCAAUUUUAAAGAGGAAAUUACCAGGAUCAGAUGUUUCUGGAAGACUCAUGGGCUCUCCUCCAGUUCCAGGACCGUCUGCAGCCCUAACAACAAUGCAGCUCUUCUCCAAGCAAAACCCUUCAAGACAAGAGGUUACCAAACUCCAGCAGCAGGUUAAAACAAAUGGUGCUGGCGUGACUGUUCUCAGGCGUGAAAUUUCUGAGCUUCGCACCAAAGUGCAAGAACAGCAAAAACAGCUUCAAGACCAGGACCAGAAACUGCUAGAGCAGACCCAGAUCAUAGGUGAACAAAAUGCACGGUUGGCAGAGCUAGAACGCAAACUACGAGAAGUAAUGGAAAGUGCUGUAGGAAAUUCCUCAGGGUCUGGGCAGAAUGAGGAGUCUCCUCGGAAACGAAAAAAGGCCACAGAAGCCAUAGACUCUCUUAGGAAAUCUAAACGUCUUCGGAAUAGAAAGUAAAUUGGAAUGUGGUUCUAGUUCCAGAGGAAGACGCAGCUUAGUAGCUUAAGCAGUUAACGUAUAUCAGGAUACUGUGAGCAACACGGUGUCCCUUAAGCUUCUAGGCUUUCAGAACACAACUUAAACUUGAACUCUUAUGGUUGGGACAUUCUUUUCCCGCUUCUCCUGAUUGAACUGAUGCACAGAAUCUUUUUACUUUGCAAUAGAUUUGUACUAACCAGACCUGUUCUAUCAUGUUUUGAGGAGUUAACUUUUUUCUGUGCAGAUAAUGUUGAAAGUAAGUUAAUUUGUUUCUGCAUAUAUGCACAUACAUAAGGAUCUUAAACCCAGUCUUGACAGACUAAACAGAAGUUAAGUUUAAUACAGAAAAUGUCCUGUUCACUUGAAAGAAAAGACCUACUUUUUAAAUGGACACUAUCUUGGUUCUUUUUUUUUUUUUUUUUUUUUAAGUCGUCUUUUUGUUAUAAGUGACCUUUGUCUGGAAUGUCUGAAAAGUAGUUAAUGCUUUUUGGUAUUGAAGUAAUGGGUAACUAAAAUGGACUUCCAUAGUAUUGACUGUAGAAGGAGGCUCUACAGUAUUGACUAUAUAUUUUUAUAAACUACUGGCAAGAAACUUACCCAGCUGUUAUACAUGUUUUCAGUUCUCUUUGGGGGCCAUGUCCGACAUUUGCAUGGAUGGAUGCAUGCAUUGCCUAAUCAACUCACUUAAAAAGCUCUUGCACUGGUAUUGAUCUUAAACCUCUAUACUUCUCCACUUUUUAGAGCGGCGUCUUAGUUUAAGCGCUUAACAUCUUCCACCGCAACAGCUUGCCUCUAGAGGAGGAAUUAUUCAUCCAUUUGUCCUCCAGUUUUAUAGGAACAAGAGACUAUUAAAGCCCAUUGCUUUAUCUGUUCUCUGUAGGGUUCAGGUACACUGGCUAAGGCAGAACCCCAAAUUCCAAGGCUCUUUCUAUCAAUAUUGGACCUCUGGGAGUUAGUACUCCUCUUUGCUCACCACCAUGUUCUCAGUUGAUCAGAUGUGAGUGAGUAGGGAACUCGACUUGUGGGAUGCAGUUUUGCCAUUGCAGCAAAGUUCAUUGAGGAAAAUUGUACCAUGAAAAAGCAUUUUCAUUAUUUCAUUUCUGGGGGAUGGCCUUGAGGGAAGCUUUUUAAUAUUCGUUUCAAGCUUUCCUUAUUCUACAACUUUAAACAAAAGCUUUAAUUUUGUUUGCACUCCUGUUUUGAGCUUAUAACUGGAAAAGCAUGUCUUGCACUGUUCAACCUCCUAAGUGGUCACUUUAACAACCUCCAAAUUGUGUACAGUGGUUAUUUUCCCCAGUUGUAUAUUUUUGAGACAUUCAAUUAUCACUGUCUUAGUUGUAUUUUAAUUUACUAAAUUAUGUAGCCGUUUGACUGUUAAGUUCUGUUAAACAACUGUUGCCUUGGGCUUCAGUUAUUUAAAGUAAAUUUGGGUGUAAUAUAGAAAACUGUCCCUUUCCAGGCAGGGGUUGGCGCCUGUAUAACCCUAAGGUUUGGUAGACGCCUUAGUCGAAUAAGAGCACAAGGCUAUCGCCUUUUAUCCGUCCACCGUGACAUGGCUGUGCAUCCUUUAAAUUAACCUCACCAGACGAAGCUUUUUCUAUCCAUUUUUAAUAUUGUCCUUACAUAAUAUUGUCCUUAGAUUUUCAUCAAUUCUAUGUCUGACUUUGAAAUUCCAUUUACAAUGUAGUAUGUUUUCAAUGAAAAACCAUAAAGUAACAUCCAAGUGUUUCAUGGUUUGUUGGGAAGGUAAUUUUAAAAUAAAACAAUUUCCAAAAAA